CUUUAUGAAAAUUUAAUAUCCUAUAUUAUUAAAUUAAAUUUAUCGGAAACAAAUAAUACAGCAUUGAUUGUUCCUGCAUUUGAAACACAACGUUACAGAUUCACUUUUCCAAGUAACAAAGAAGAAUUGCUCAAGUAUUUAAAUUACGGUGUAAUUUAUACAUUUCGUUAUCAUGUUUGGACAAGAGGUCAUGCUGCAACGAAUUACAGCAAUUGGAAGACGGCAGUUGUGCCUUAUAAAGUCACUUGGGAGCCUGAUUUUGAGCCUUACGUUGUUGUAUCUAAAACAGCACCACAAUUUAAUCAAAGAUUGCUACUCAUGCUCCUAGUUUAGACAUUGCUAAAUUUCGAACAAAUACAAUUUAUCGAAGAUGCCUCAAAAAGUUGAAGGAUAAAUUUGUCGAUGAGUUGAUAAAUAAAUUUGGUAAAAAUGCAUUAUCAAAAAAUAAUAGUGAUCAAUGGGAAGAGUUGAUAAAAUUAAAUAACAAAAAUACAAUCGUAAAUAUAAAUGAGCAUAAAACAAAUCUUCUUGAUGAUGUAUACUUUUGUAAUUCACUAAAUAGUAAUUAUGCAAGAGUUGUCAUUGGUACAGAUAAUGAUGAUAAACGUUUAUGGUCAAUAGAGGGUGUAUUAGCACAGUGUCAUAUUGAUGCAAUGUUACGUAAAAAUAAAUAUUUUACAUUAAAUUGUGAAAUAAAAUUAAAUCAACAUAAUAAUGACGAUGGUAAUAUUGUAACAAUUGGUCAACAGCAAAUUAUGUUGCAUUUGUGUCAAAUCGUACACCAUGCUUUGGUCUAAUGAUGCGGAUUUAUUCAAAGUUGAAGAAUUAUUAAUAUGUCGUAUGUAUUUAUUAAUAAAACUCCAUGGACAGUGAUGAGGAAAAGAUAAAAAAAAAAGCUUCUCUUGAUGCCGGCAGAGAAAUGUUGGCAAGAUACAAAGUAUCAAGAGGAAGGAUCUCUGACACAAAUCAAACAGAUUCAUCAGAUAUUGAUGAACUUUUGAUGCUACACAAUGAAUCAUUGGAUAAUCAAAGUGUAAAUAUGGCUGAGGAUACGUCAUUUAGAGAUACAACACAAAGUAGUAUGUCAGCAAGUGAAAAUGAAGCUGAUACUGAUGUUGAUAAAAUGACUGGACGUAUUGCUGAACUUCAAGAACUUGGUGGUAAAGAAGCAAUAAUACAAUCAUUAACAUCAGAAAUAGAUAUGUGAAGAAAUGAUUUAAAAUAAUUCACCAAAUUCAUCACAAAGUCACAAUUUGAAUAAAAAUUCAAGAUAUGAACAAAAUUUUAAAUAAUAGUUUCAUGAAACUUA